AUGCUGGCUAUCAAACAUGGAGGUGGACCUAUGAUAAAUACAGUUCGUCUAAUGUUUAAGGUCGUGGGUAUUAUGACUGCAGCCAAAUGCUACAAGGCUCAUACCCUAGUAAAAGGCUCGGCUAAGGCCGCAGGAUUCAAUUUAAAGAGUGCCUACGACUAUGUCAUUCCUGCCCACGGUAAGGAAAUUUACGGGCGUGUGGCCCCACGCUCUGGAUUGGCUGCCAAGAAUUUCAUCGACGUAGGUGCUGCCGUUAUUGAUGAGAAUUAUCGAGGCAACGUAGGAAUUGUCCUGUUCAAUCAUUCCGAUAUGGAUUUCGAGGUGAAAAGUGAUUGUGUUGCCCGCGUUGCUCAGCUGAUCUGCGAAAGGAUCUUAUAUCCCACAUUGAUGGAGGAGAAGUCACUGGAAGAGACUGCACGUGACGGAGGAAGUUUGGCAUAG